AUGACUGUGGAGAAGAGUAAAGGUAUGGAGAAGAAGGCGCCGGCCACGAGGAAGGUGGCACCAGACGGAGGCUGGGCUUGGAUGGUGUGUUUAGGUGUUAGUUUAGUUAAUUUUUCAACACGUUCUCUUGAACCGUCUUUCGGUCUACUGUUCAAAGACCUACUGGAUGAUCUCGGUGUACAUACGACCGGGGCCUCGGUCAUCGCCAGUACUCUGGAUUCGGUCGUUAACUUCUCAGGGUUCUUUGUGGGACCAGUUAUAAAGACCUUCUCAUACAGAAAAGUUUGUUUUGUUGGCUCCCUGAUAUGUGCCUUGGGACUUUUAUUUACAGCGCCAGCCAACAGCAUGGGUCAUAUUUUAGCUACAUAUAGUAUUAUUGGAGGUUUCGGAGUCGGUCUUGCCUCGUCGUCGUCCUUCGUGUCCCUUAACCAUUAUUUCUCGAAGAAGAGAGGUCAAGCCGUUGGAUUGUCUAUGGCCGGGACUGGUUUUGGCCUGAUGGUUAUGCCGCAACUAGUAAAAAUUCUACUUGGAGAGUUCGGCUUUAGAUGGACUGUGGUCAUUCUAGGAGGUUUGGCUUUCCACGCGGUCCUUGGUUCUUGUUUGCUACAACCUAUUAAAAGACAUUUGAAAGAGGAGCCUGUUGACUGUGAAAUGCAACUAGUCAAGGAAAUGGAGUGUAUUAACGAAAGCGAUGAGGAAGCGGAUGAUAAAUUCGAAAUAAAUCCUCUAGUGAGUCAUCCCAUGCCCAAACUACCUAAGCAGCGAUCCCAUACAAACAUGAACCAUCCGUCCGUAAGAACCAUAGGCCUGCCGAGGGCGAAAACCUACGACAAGCCGCUACAGGACUUCGAUAACCAGAGUACUCCUGGCUUAACUACCGCCGCCUCCGUGGCUGCCAUGCAGAGAGUUAUAUCAAGCGGGAGUAUGAGUGAGGCUGUGAGAAAGAGGAAAGUGUCUGUGAUAUCAAAUAUAUCCAAUAUGGAUUUUACUGGAAGCUACCUUCAGUUGUACAUUGAUGCAGUCGAUGAAGAUACGUUACAAAUGAAAUCAAUAAAGAAGAAUGAACCCGAAGAGAAGAAAGUCGGUUUUAUAAAGAAGUUCAUAAGUCUUAUGGAUUUAGAUUUAUUGAAGGAUUGGUCGUUUUUGAACCUUUUACUUGGUCUUUCUCUAUUCUGGAGUGGGGAACUUCAAUUUAGAAUGUUGACUCCGUUCUUUAUUAGGAGUUUAGGUUAUACAAUGAAUGAGACUGCGUUUUGUUUGUCAAUGACGGCUAUAACUGAUAUAUGCGUUCGUCUCGUACUGCCACCGAUUUUUGAUAGAACCAACAUUACUAAGAAGAUGAUAUUCUUUAUAUCCGCCUUCUUUUUGGCUGCAACGAGAUCUGUUCUAGCGGAACAAUCUGAAUGGGUGCCGUUGAUGAUAUGGUUGUCAAUAUGUGGUUUCUUCCGUGGCAUGUGUCUUAGUAAUUUCACUCUAACCAUAUCUGAAUACUGUCCGUUGGAAAAACUGCCUGCCGCUUUUGGUCUGCACAUGGUCAGCAAAGGUGUUUUUGUUGUCAUUAUAGGACCGUUAAUUGGUUAUGUAAGAGACUACACGGGCAGUUUCGCUACUUGUAUUCAUGUACAAAACGCCCUUAUAAUGUCAUGCGUUCUCGUCUGGGGAAUUGAAUACGCGCUUGCAUUCACAAGGAGACGGAAGGUUGUUCAAAUAUAG